AACAUCGUACUCGAAUCCCAUAGCGCACCACUUUAUAUAUUAUUCCGGAAACAUGUGAACCAAUAUUUAAAUCACCUAAGAAGGAUUUAUGAAAGUUUUCCUUAAUGUUCGAUCGGUUUCACCUGAACGCCAGUUGUACUGUACUCACUUAAGUUGCUCUUUCCACUGGCUCAAACAAAGAAGAUAACAGAGUAACUGUAACUGACGUUUCUGUUUACCUGUGAACUGUGAAGUGUGAACUUCUGAAGCGGGCAAGAAUUGAAAUGCGUGUUGACGUUUAUGACAUGUUAUCCCAAUGUUGUGAUGGGUUAUACGACGUCUGUUGUAUCUUGUUUGUUGGCUAUUGUUCCAGUGAUUGGGGAUUUUGUGGUUAGUGCAAGUGACAACCGAUUAGCCAAGUCAUUAUCAGACAAUUUAACUCAUGGUGUAAUUGGUUUUUUAACAUGGUUGUUGGUGUGCGUUCAUUAUGCGCACGUAUCAGCCUACGUUUCAUUAGCUGAGUCUGCUGCUUGUUGUUUGGCAGCUUCUGCAAUUGAUGUGGAUCAUUUUGUAGCAGCAAGAUCCGUGUCUCUUGAGAAUGCUCUACAAUUGAAGUCUCGUCCAUUCCUGCACUGCACAUCAAUACCAUUAUUAGUUUUUGGUAUAGGAGUAGUUGUUGGUUAUCUACUGAAAUACUCUGUGAUGAAAAGAUAUUCAUGGUUACUUAUUGCAGCAUUACUCAGUCAUCACAUUAGAGAUUCUACUAGACGGGGCUUGUGGCUUUGGCCCUGCGGUACAACUUACCCAUUACCAUAUUAUUUAUAUGUAAUUAUUACUGUACUGAUACCAUUCUUAAUUGUUGCUGGAAUGAAACUGACAGAUACCACUUACAAUUAUGAUACAAUAAGUGUAUAGUACUGGUUAUCUAGUUCUAAAAGAGAUUUGUUACACUGUUAUAAAACUUUGAUAUCAAUACUAAUGUCCAGAUUUGCAGACAUCACUGCCAAAUUGUUGUCUUCUAUCUCUGACACUGCAUUAUUGUUGUAACUUUCAUACUUUCUCUGAAAUACUGGGAUUUAGAUAAGAAUAUGCACUAUCAUCAUUAUUGUGUAAAAAAAGUCAGUAGUAUGUUGAAGUAUAUAUUUUGCUUUAUAGUUUAGUUUCCUGAACUUGGGAAUGAGUAGAUCCGAAUUCUUAAAAUGAGUACCAAUACUGUAAAAAUAAAUUUGAGAACUAUUUACUUGUGGGGAAACAGCCCUGGUGGGUGUUGUUGCCUAAACUGUAUACAUGGAAAGCUUACAUAUAUGUUUGGUCUUCUUUUGUCUGUCCUUUAUUAGAAGUGCCCAAAGUAUAUAAGUAAAUAUUUUCUUAGAACUUUACUUUAUGCCUAACUUAGAUCAGGAUAAAUGAUAGAUUCUCUUUUACGAUACUCUCCAAGAGGAAAGAUGAUGGUGCAGUUUGAGAAGUUUGCUUUGCCAAAGGGUAUAAAGAAGUAUUCACUCUUUCACAUUCACUAUCCUUGGAACAGUAUGGCUACAGAUUCCAUCCAUGAGUCAUUCUGGGUCCCCAUAGUUAUCACCAAGCACUAAAGUGUCAGUGCCACUAAAUGCUAUACCAACUACACGUGUCAAUGUGUCUGCUGUGAUGACUGCACAUGAUGCUUCAAUGCUCACUUGUAGAACCUUCACUGUCGUUUGCAGUUGUUAAGAAAUUUCAGACAUGAUCUUCCAUUGGUAGAAAUGUGGAUGUGAGGCCUGUAGUGUGUGGCAGGCAAAAGGCAUUUUUUAUCUAUCCAUUGACGUGAGUCAAUGUUAGCAGUGUGCAUCAUUAUCAUCGUCAUCUUGUUAUAGGUAAAAUUUCUCGUCUCCUAAAAGUGAUGGAAUAAUGGAGAAAAAUCAUUAUUUGGAGCAUAUUAAGAUACACCUCACCAGUUACAGUACAUUUAAAGAACUGAUCAAUCAAACCAUGUGAUGAUGAACAACAUAGUGAUCCCCUGUCAGAUUCACUUCGAUACCCACAAGAAUAUGUGUGUCUACAAGAUCAGAGAUCACAUAUUUAUGAUAGUUUACACCUCAUCAGACAUACCACUUUUGUUAUUUCUUUAAAACCCUUCAUCCUUGUGACCUAGGUCUCCACACUAACCACAAUACUGAAACAUUUAGUCCAGGCUGUGCUUGUUCAUAACAGUAUGUAGUUUUGAAAUGAGCAAUUCAUUUUACACCUUUUACAGUUGGUUGUUUCUUCUGUUUGCCAUACUCCACAUUUGUGUGCAUGCUGAUUCACAGAUGUUUCAGUGUUUGUGUAAAGUGGUAACUGAAUUUGGUUCUUUUGUUUUCUCCUGUAUCUUCACUUAUUGACAUCAGUAACAGGAGUAUUAGCUUCAAAUUUAUUCCAAAUGUAGGUAAUUAUUUGAACAUAUCUAAAAACAAAGAUGAUGUGACUUACCAAAUGAAAGUGCUGGCAGGUCGACAGACACACAAACGAACACACAAAAUUCAAGCUUUCACAACAAACAACAAACUCAUCAGG